AUGGGCGGAUGGAAGGGGCCGGGGCAGCGCCGGGGAAGGGAAGGGCCGGAGGAGCGGCGGCGGGCGGCCGAGAGGGGCGGCGGCGGCGGCGGGAUUCCCGCGCUGCUGAGCCCGGUCCGAGAGCCCUUUCCACCUUCCUGCCUCCUGCUCCCACCGCCCCGGGGCGCCGCCAUGACGCCCGAUCUGCUCAACUUCAAGAAGGGAUGGAUGUCAAUCUUGGACGAGCCUGGAGAGUGGAAGAAGCAUUGGUUUGUGCUGACAGAUUCAAGCCUUAAGUACUACAGGGACUCCACCGCCGAGGAGGCCGACGAGCUGGAUGGCGAGAUCGACCUGCGUUCCUGUACGGACGUCACCGAGUAUGCGGUGCAGCGAAACUACGGCUUCCAGAUCCAUACCAAGGAUGCUAUCUACACCUUGUCGGCCAUGACCUCGGGUAUCCGGCGAAACUGGAUCGAGGCUCUGAGGAAGACCGUGCGACCCACCUCUGCCCCGGAUGUCACCAAGCUCUCGGACUGCAACAAGGAGAACACGCUGCACGGCUGCAGCACCCAGAAGGGCUCCCUGAAGGCCGGGGAGCAGCGGGGGGGCUCUGAGGUCAUCGGUCGGGGCAGCCCGAGGAAGGCGGAUGGGCAGCGGCCGUCCCUGGACUACGUGGAGCUCUCCCCGCUGACGCAGGGCUCCCCGCAGCGGGUCCGCGGCCCGGCCCGCACCCUCGACCGCCCGGCCAAGCAGGAGGAGCUCGAGCGGGACCUGGCCCAGCGCUCCGAGGAGCGACGCAGGUGGUUUGAGGCCACGGACAGCCGGCCCCCGGAGACCGCGGCUGGCGAGGGGCCGCGCCGGGGCCUGGGUGCCCCGCUGACGGAGGACCAGCAGAGCCGGCUCAGUGAGGAGAUUGAGAAGAAGUGGCAGGAGCUGGAGAAGCUGCCCCUGCGGGAGAACAAGCGGGUGCCUCUCACCGCCCUGCUCAACCAAAGCCGCGGGGAGCGCCGGGGGCCUCCGGGUGACAGCCACGAGGCCCUGGAGAAGGAGGUCCAGUCUCUUCGUGCUCAGCUGGAGGCAUGGCGUCUUCAGGGAGAGGCUCCUCAGGGUGCACCCAGGUCCCAGGAGGACAGCCACGUCCCCCCGGGCUACAUCUCGCAGGUGAGGCCAAGGGGCUGUUUGGUGGGGGCUGCGGGCAGGCUUCUGGUUGCCGAGGUUUCAGAGAACCGCUGAUGUUCUGGGAGUGUCGCAGAACCCGUGUGAGGCAUUUGAUCUGCAUCGUCUCAUCGAAUGUGCCCCGCAGGUAGCCAUGGUCACUGUGCCCAUUUUACAGACAAGCCACUGAGCUCUGAGAGGUUAUGGGACUUGCCCAAGGUCAACUGAGCUGCAGAUGUCAGAGGUGGGAUUUGAGUUCGGUUCCGGCUGACUGCAGAGCCUGUGUGUGAGCCCCCCUGGGACACUCUGUACUUGGACCCCUUCUCCCACACCACCUGGGGAAGGAGAGCCAGUGGGGAGUGGGGCCCCCAGCGGGCAGGCCCCCAGGGUCACUGCCUCAGCACAGGGAAAUCCCACCCAUGCCUGCCAGGCCAAGGCCCUGCAGCAGGGGGCCCGCAGGAUGUGGGACGCUGGGCCUGCCCGGGACAGUGGUUCUCAGCUAGGGCUGAUUUUGUUCCUCUGGGGACGUUUGGCCUUGUCUGGAAACGGUUUGACAGAAAAAUACGUGUGUAUGUUAAGCACAUACAGGCUAAUGUAUGUUACUGAUUAAUUUUACUGAUAAUUACUGAUCAAUUUUGCUGAUACAAAGGAGGUUUAGGACACAGUGUACAAAUACGAAAUAUAUUGCUUUUCUUGUGAAUUCCAUCUAUAGCUAAUUGACUUUUCUCAGAAUACUUUCACUGGUUUUUCCGAAUGCUUGUAUCCUCAGCCAACUGGCAGACGAGGAUUGUUCUAACAUAAAUGUUGGUUGACAGUUUUGUUCAUGUUAAUGAGUAAAAUGAGAAGACAUACGUCAGAACUUUACUUGGUCAACAUCACGAGUAACUUCUUGGCCGAAUUGGAUAAUAGUUUUCUUUUGAGAAUAUUCUAUUUAGAAUAUUUUCUCCAGGUCUGUGUUCUAGUUACAGUGUGAUGGUCAUAAAUUUGGCACUUGGAAGUUUAAUCUGCAUUAUUAGUGUUUUCUCAUCCCUUGCUUAAGUCCAGACAAUCAACAAUACAAUAAAUCAAGCCCUGAUCUGUAA